AUUUAAAUGAAAAAACAAUAUUUAUUAUUCAUUAAGUUUAAUUUUACAUAUUAGGAAUCAUGAGUGGUAUGGACGACUCAAGUUUGAUAUCAGGAAUUUCAAAUUUAUCAAGAAUCUCUAAGACAAAUAGUUCAACACAUUAUAAGUUUGACUCAACUUGUAACAUUUCUGAGUGGCGCAGCAUGUGUCGUGAUGUCAAUAAAAGUUUUACUAAUGAUAGUCAACGAACAGAGCUGAGAAAAGUUUCAGAGUUAAAAAAAGUAAAUAAAGCUCUUAAUUCUUGUGAAGAAAGUACGUGUGAUUAUGCCAAAUUAAAACUUAUUUAUGAGUGCCUCAAAGAAAUUAUUAUAAGUUCAAAUAGUUUAAUUGAAAAUAAUUUAAUAAGUAAAUUAAAAGAACUAAUUAGAAUUCAUGAAAUAAAAAAAUUUUUGUAUCUUCCAAAUAAUUCAAAAGAAUUAAAAGAAGAAUUAACUUUAUUAGGAAUUAUAGAUUUGCCAAACUGUGAAUUUAACUAUGAAGAGCAAUUAGCAAUUAAAAGUUGCUUAGAAACAAAGAUACGUGAAAGAAUACAUAGAUUUAUAACAAUAUAUGCGAAUUUUGCAGGAUCAUCCAAAGAUAUAUUAAAAAAUAACGAAUCAAUAUUAUGUUCACGAUUUCAACUAAAAACAGAAUUAGAAAAUAUUCAUUGGAAGGAUAAAAUUGAUGAAGUAUAUUUAGAAUAUAAAAGAGACUCACUUCAUUGUCUAAAAAUUUUAAAUCAGUGGAAUGAAUUAAAAUGGAAGAUGAAUGAAAAAAAUACUAAGGAUAUUGAAAAUUUAUUACUCAAAUCAGAAAUAGCGGAAAUGAAAGCUAUUAUUACAAAAUUAUCUUGUACAAUACGUAUGUACACAGAAACACCAUCAACUGUUGAUGCUUUCAAAAUACUUAAUUUAAAUUUAGAAGAAAAAAUUAAUACUGUUAAUGAAGAAAUCGUUAAAAAAACUGAAUUAAGAAAGUCAUAUGAGGUGUUGAGUAAUACAGAAUAUGAUGAAAUCUUAAGAAAAUAUUUAAAUUUAUGUCAUAUAGUAAAAAAGAAAAAAACUUUAUUGGAUAAUUUAUAAAUAAUUACUUAAUAAUUGCUUCAUUCUUAACGGACCACUAUUAAUUGUAU